GCCCCGGCCCGCCGCCCGCCGCCCCUCGGGGCCCCGCCUGCAGGAGCCGGGAGCGCGGAGGAGCCGGCCGGCAGCGCACAAGGAUUGGUGGCGUCCCCUCUCUGGUGCAAGCUUUCUGCUCCAGAGCUCUUGUUACAAGCUCGGGAAAACGAAGAGCUGUGUCUAAAGGGAGAGCUUUCCGAAGAAGUGGGGAGUCCGGGCCCUGGCCUUUCUCCCUAGCCCUUACUGGCUUCCGGUGGUCCUUCCUCUCUGCUGGGAACAGAGAAAGAUGGAGAAGCCCACGGGCAAAAAGAAGGCACAGACCCCAAAGGAAGAAGUAGAGGUGCUGAAGGACACUCCCAAAGAAGAGAACAUGUCCGGGGGGAAAAAGCCCAGGAGGUCGUCUGUGGCGAGGAAGCACAGCAAGGAAGCCAGCCUGAGCCCCGAGGAUGAAGAACACUUAUUUGAUGCCUUCGAUGCUUCGUUUAAAGAUGACUUUGAGGGGGUCCCUGUGUUCACUCCUUUCCAGAGAAAAAAGCCCUACGAGUGCGGGGAGUGCGGCCGCAUCUUUAAGCACAAGACAGACCACCUCCGCCACCAGCGGGUACACACGGGAGAGAAGCCCUUCCCGUGCGACGCGUGCGGGAAGACGUUCCGGCACAGCUCCGAUGUCACCAAGCACCACAGAAUCCACACUGGAGAGAAGCCCUUCAAAUGCAGCGAAUGCGGGAAGGCCUUCAACUGCGGCUCCAACCUCCUGAAACAUCGGAAGACGCACACCGGGGAGAAGCCGUACGAGUGCCAGGAAUGCGGGAAGACCUUUGCCUACAGCUCCUGCCUCAUCCGCCAUCAGAAGCAUCACCCGCGGAAGAAGCACUGA